UUUAUGAACAUUAUUUGCAUGCCGAUGUAGUCCUUUACUGUUAACGAAAUAAAGUUGCCUUGUAAUUAAGUGGUUAUUCAGACCUGACAACAGUAAUUCAGAAAAUGGAUAGUAUCAAAACAGUAACUCAUAUAAAUGGAGACGCAAAAAAGGAGAAAAGUGAUGAUGCUCAGUCAACAUCGAGUUCACAUAUUGUUUGUGGAGGAUGUCGAAGGAAACUAAGGAAGUUGUUGCCUGUGAACUAUAAAGAAGAAAUUGUACAACUGCUGAAACUGGCUGGACCAGUGUUUAUAUCUCAGCUGAUGAUCUUUCUGAUCAGUUUCGUCAGCACUGUGUUCUGUGGACACUUGGGGAAAACCGAACUGGCCGGUGUGGCUCUGGCUAUUGCAGUUAUUAAUGUGACCGGCAUUUCCAUUGGCUCUGGGUUGGCGUCUGCAUGUGAUACACUCAUCUCCCAGACGUUUGGGAGUAAUAAUCUGAAGCGGGUGGGUGUGAUACUGCAGAGAGGGAUUCUCAUCCUCCUGUUGGCCUGUUUCCCCUGCUGGGCACUGCUCAUUAACACAGAGCCCAUCCUACUGGCUGUCAGACAGAGCCCCAGUGUGGCCAGUCUUUCACAACUCUAUGUAAAAAUAUUCAUGCCUGCACUGCCUGCUGCAUUUAUGUACCAACUGCAAGGAAAGUAUCUUCAAAAUCAGGGUAUUAUUUGGCCUCAGGUCAUCACAGGAGCAGCUGGAAAUAUCCUUAAUGCUUUAAUAAACUACAUCUUCCUUCAUCUGCUUGAUCUUGGUGUUGCAGGAUCUGCUGCUGCAAACACCAUUUCUCAAUAUUCAUUGGCUGUUUUUCUUUAUGUUUACAUCCGCUGGAGGGGUCUGCAUAAAGCCACCUGGGAUGGUUGGUCUCGUGACUGUCUGCAGGAAUGGGGUGCCUUCAUCAGUUUGGCUCUUCCCAGCAUGCUCAUGCUUUGUGUGGAGUGGUGGACAUAUGAGAUUGGUGGAUUCCUGGCAGGACUCAUCAGUGAGACUGAGCUGGGGGCGCAGUCUGUUGUCUAUGAGCUGGCCACUAUUGCAUAUAUGUUUCCUCUGGGAUUUGCAGUGGCAGCCAGUGUAAGAGUGGGAAAUGCACUUGGAGCCGGAAACUCAGAACAAGCUAAGAUGUCUGCCAAAGUAUCUUUAGUCUGUGGAUUACUUGUUUCCUGUGUGGUUGCAACCUGUAUUGGAGGCUCCAAGGACAUUAUUGGGUACAUUUUUACUACAGAAGAGGAUAUUGUGUUCAGAGUUUCAGAGGUCAUGAUCAUGUAUGGCUUCUUUCAUCUAUUUGAUGCCAUUGCGGGCAUUACAGGUGGCAUUGUCCGAGGUGCUGGAAAACAACUGCUAGGUGCUCUUUGUAACAUUGUGGGAUACUAUUUUGUGGGAUUCCCAAUUGGAGUGUCACUGAUGUUUGCUGUCAACAUGGGCAUAAUUGGUUUAUGGACUGGAUUUUUUGUAUGUGUAUUCAUGCAGUCUUUGUUCUUCAUCAUCCUAAUUUGCAAACUGGACUGGAAGAAAGCAACUCAAGAGGCCUUGAUCAGAGCAGGUGUACAAGCACCUAAGACUAAAGAUGAAUCUUAUGCUAUGGAAAACAAGGUCUGCAAUGAAGAAGUAGCACAGGAGUUCCAGCAAAUUGAAGAAGGCCAGGCCAAUGGAAACACAGACCUGGAAGAGCUAAGUAAAGGAGAAGGGGGAAUAACAGAGGCUGGCACAAUUGUCACAAUUGGAAACGUCUUGACCACUAAACAACUGGUUGUCCGUCGAGGACUUGCAGUUCUCAUCAUGCUGCUCAUACUAGCUGGAGGGAUUGUGUUAAAUGAGAUGCUCACUGAAUAUCUCAAACGAGGAUGAUAUAAUAAUUUUUCACCAAAGAUUUUCUCACAAAAGUCUUCCAAAGAGAAGGGACAGUGGCUUCUUUGUGAGAUUCUCUUCAAGAUGAUGUGAGGCUAUGGAAGUAUUUAGUUAGAUUUUUUUAUAUUGAUCAGCACAGACAACUACACAUUCUUGAAAUAAUAAUAAUUAAAAAAAAGCACAAACUUUUGAGGUGAGAACAGUAUGUGAAAGAGCUUAUCACAUCCACCAAACAAGCUUAGAAACAGGAAUAUAAGAUCAAGACUCAGCUACACUGCCAUGUAAAGACAAAAUGCAGUAACUACACAUUUGGUAAAAAAUUAAGUUCAGUCAUGACAACUCUCUGAAUAAACGUUGAAGUAUUAUAAUGGAUAUGACAAGUUAGUAGGCUUGGUCUUUGCAUACAACUGUAGAUCUGCUGUUGCUGCUGAACAAUUAGACAUAAAUACAGUCCCUCUGAAACAGAUCUAGAUAGGUGUUGCUGGGGAGGAGGAGGGUUUUAUGACUGAACUUAAAGAAAAAGUGCACCUAAAAAUGAAAUUUCUCAUUUACUCACCCUCAUGCCAUCACAGAUGUGACUGUACAAAAAUUUUUAGAAGAAUAUCUCACCUCUAUAGGUGAGACUAAAACUUUGAAGCUCAAAAAAGCACAUAAAGGCAGCAUAAAAGUAAUCCAUAAAACUAAGGUGGUUUAAUCCAUGUCUUUUAAAGCAAUCCAAUUGGUUUUUGGAAGAAAACAGACAAAAAAUAGAACUCCCUUUUCACUGUAAAUCGUCUCCUUGGCGAUCAUGAUUUCAAGCUUAAAUACACAUCCCAGUGCCAUCUAGCACUCUGCGCAUAUGUCAAGCACUAGGAAGUGUAAUCGAGCUUGAAAUCAUGACCGUGCAUAGAGACUGCAAUGGCAAGGUGUACAGUCAAAAAUUAGUUAUAUUUUGGUUUGUUCUCACUCAAAUUUGAUUAGAUCGCUUAAGAGACAUGGAUUAAACCACUGGAGUCAAAUGGAUUACUUUUAUGCUGCCUUUGUGCUUUUUGGAGCUUCAAAGUUUUGGCCACCAUUCACUUGCAUUGUAUACAGAGCUGAGAUAUUCUUCUAAAAACCUUCAUUUGUGUUCUCCAGAAUGAAGAAAGUCAUACACAUCUGGGAUGGUAUGAGGGUGAGUAAAUGAUGAGAAAAUGUUCAUUUUGUGGUGAACUAUUUCAUUAAUCAUUUAUAUCUGAACUGAAUAUUUUUAUCUUAACUGAAUCAUAUUUAACUGUAAUCACGUAUCUUAGACUAUGAUCUGCCUGUAAUAGAUGGGGUUGGCUUGAUUAUGCACAGUUUCAGAGAAAAGAGUACAUUUUAAGUUUCAGUGUUGGCCGAGUUGUGUUUUGACUUUGAAGGCCAGGACUGAUACUAAGCCAUUCUAAUGGUUGAUCUGUAUGCACAAUUAAAGAGAGCCAUUUAAGCCAGAACGAAAAGCUUAGCACUGUGAGAUUGAGAUUGGCGAAUUUUAAAAAAUUACAGUCCAUAAAUUAUUUCAUUAAAUGUCUUUUUUUUCUUUUUUUUUUAGGAGUUAAGCUGUUUUUUCCUUGCAUAUUUGCAGCAAACAGUGAAGGUCAUUGAAUGUCACUGUCACUAUGGAUAAAAGUGUCUGCUAAAUGAAUAAAUGGAUAUUUGUAAAUUAAUAAAUGUUUUGGUGUUGUUGGUAAACAUAUUUUGUCCAAAAAAAAAAAAUAAAAAAAAAUAAAAUCGAGACCCAUCAUUUUACUUUAUGUAAUAUUUAAUGCAUUUAGCAGAUGCUUUUUGCUUAUUACUAAGUAUUAGCUUCACAAUAGACUGCCAUGGUCAGCAGAUGGCAGUCAUGCAAUUCAGAAAGUUAUCUACUGGAAUGAGUUUUUUGUCCAUCAUAUUUUUUUGUUCGCUCAUUGUCAGUAAUGUGUUGCCAUGCCACAUGGAGUUCUGGGGUUAUGAUUGUAAAAGACUUUUGGCUUCUUAUGGUACAUUUUCCACUGAGGUAGCUGUUAGAAGGCUCAUUGAGCUUUUCUUCAGUUGACCUUCUGUCUCUUUUUUUCAUUUGGGGCAAAAAACAACAGCAAGGAUUUAACCUAUGUAUUAUGUUACAUUUCCUAAAAUAAGUUACUAGUCAAAUAGCUAGUAACUAUGUUUUACCUGACCAAAAAGUCAAUUUUCACUCACAUAUGAUGCUUGUCAAGAGUUAGUUUUGGAUAUUGGCUAUAUGUUUGUAACUUUCAUUAAGAAGUUUGACAAAUGUUCCUUCCUUAAGAUUGUUUGCAAAUGUCAGCUAUUGCCUCAGGGAGUGCACAUAAAACCAAGAAGUCCUUUUUGUUGCAGUGAUGACCACAGGAAAGACCGGUUAAAGACUUUAUAUAGUAAAUAUUUAAAGUUAAUGUUUCUAAGUCUAUUUAAAUUAUUCUAAAUGAUUUCUGUUGUAAAAUCUUCUGCAUGCAAACAAAUGUGCAAGUGGUCAGGAAGUAAUUUCUCUUCACACAUUUAGUCCUCUCAGAUGGACUUGUUUUACAAUAGUGAAUGAUUUAAAUAGUAAAUAAUUGAUUUGUCAAAGUGAACUCUACUGUGCACUUUAUGUUCAUAAAAAGCCACAUAAAAAUGAAAAAGCCACAUAAAAAUGUAUUUACUGAAUGAAUUACCAUUGAGAAAUGAUUUAAUAUAUCUGCAGCAUAUAACCAGAUAUAAAAAUGCUUAAAAUCUGUUCACUAAGAAAUUAAAAUAUAUAUAAUGCACAUUAA